CCCUCCCGCCUCCUCCUCCUCAAUACAAGAUGGCGGCCCCAGCAGCAGGUUCAGGCCAGGGCGGCUCCUCAGGUGGAAUCACCGGGGGUACGAGUGGCUGCUCGGGUUUUGUGGGGCCCAGCACAAGCUCCAGCAGUGUAAACCCAUUUUUAAGUGACUCGGAGGAGGAAGAAGAAGGGGGCGAGGAGGAAGAGGAGGAUGAUAACGAGGAGGAGGAUGAAGAUGUUUCCCCAUUAAAUGACCGCCCAGGUGUCUCGCUUGCCCCUCGCUAUCUUCAGGAUGAUGGCGACCCAGUCUUGCUGCCCAGUGCGGGGUCUCGUCUUUGCCCACAGCCUGGAGAGCCGGGGCGUAUGCCGCUGGAUGCUUUGGCCGCGCAGUUGCUGCGGGAUCAGCUGUUACUGACAGCUCUGGAACUACACACCGAGCUACUGGAGAGCGGACGGGAACUACCCCGACUUCGGGAUUACUUCUCUAACCCGGGCAACUUCGAGAGACCCACCACGGCCCCGCCUGGUAUCGGUGGCCCCAUUACCGCCAGCACCGGAGGGCAGCUGAACAGAGCUGGUAGUAUUAGUACACUUGAUUCACUGGAUUUUGCACGAUACUCUGAUGAUGGCAACCGAGAGACCGAUGAGCACGUAGCAGUCCUGGAGUUUGAACUACGGAAAGCCAAGGAGACCAUUCAGGCUCUCAGGGUCAACCUGACAUUGGCUGCAGAAAAUGAAGUUCCUUUGCAGGAACGAAAGAAUUAUACAUCAAGUCCUGAAAUUCAGGAACCCAUAAAGCCUCUAGAAAAAAGAGCAUUAAAUUUCCUUGUCAAUGAGUAUUUACUGAAAAAUAAUAACAAGCUCACUUCAAUAACUUUUUCUGAUGAAAAUGAUGAUCAGGAUUUUGAACUUUGGGAUGAUGUAGGCUUGAAUACUCCAAAGCCACCAGACUUGCUGCAGCUUUAUCGCAACUUAAGUAUCCAUCAAACUGUUUCAAAAGAUGUUGCAGACAUUGCAGUUGGUGUUAGUGAAGGUGACCUGGAGCCCACCCAGGCUGUUACACCAGAUUCCAAUAUUUCCCAGCAAUCUGCAAUAAUUAAAGAACUGGAAGAUAAAAUUCUCCUUUGCGACAACGAGAAAGCUGCUUUGUUGGAGCAAAUUGGCAGUCUUGAGAGGCAAAUUGAAUGUUUUCAGAAGGAAAGUUCUGCUUCAGAGGUUUGCACUGCUGCCCCACCAACCUCUGGUAGAUUGCAGAGCCAGAAUUCAGAAGAGAAUGACCACUACAUAGAUAUCCGAAUUCCAGACAGUGAUGCUAAAUGUGAAGUAACAGAGGAAGGUCUGCCUUCUCAGCAAAGUGAAUCUGAGCCACUCUGUCAGGUGUCACAGGAUAUCUCUCCUAGCCCGGACGUUGCAAAAAUCUGCAAGGCGACACUCCUCUCUGCUCCGCCCAGCAAAGACGGUGUCCACUUCGAUAAACCUAAUAGGAAACUGUCACCUGCAUUCCAACAGGCACUGCUCUCUUUUUGUCGGAUGUCAGCAGAUAGUCGCUUGGGCUCAGAGGUUUCACGGAUUGCUGACAGUGAAAAUGGAGUUAUGAAGAUGCUUGGACGCUGCCUGCCUCAUAUUGUUCCGAAUGUGCUGCUUGCCAAGAGAGAGAGAAUGGUUGUACAUCUGUGUCAGGAGUUGAUACCACUAAUACUGUGCACCGCCUGCCUUCACCCAGAGUCCAAAGAAAGAGACCAGCUCCUACAUAUUCUGUUCAAUUUAAUCAAGCGCCCAGAUGAUGAACAAAGGCAGAUGAUAUUGACUGGGUGUGUUGCAUUUGCUCGCCAUGUGGGACCAACCCGAGUUGAAGCCGAGCUUUUACCACAAUGUUGGGAACAGAUAAAUCAUAAAUACCCUGAAAGAAGACUGCUUGUAGCAGAGUCAUGUGGGGACCUAGCGCCUUAUCUUCCUAAGGAGAUCAGAAGUUCCCUUGUGCUGGCAAUGUUGCAGCAAAUGCUUAUGGAAGAUAAAGCAGAUAUGGUGCGGGAAGCUGUCAUCAAGAGUUUGGGCAUCAUUAUGGGCUACAUUGAUGACCCAGACAAAUACUUGCAGGGUUUUGAACUGCUUCUGACAGCUCUUGGUGACCCUUCAGAAAGAGUAGUGAGUGCCACCCAUCAGGUAUUUCUACCAGCUUAUGCUGCAUGGACCAUGGAACUGGGCAAUCUGCAAUCCCACCUUAUUCCUACCCUUCUUAGUAAAAUAGAAAAACUGCUGAAGGAAGGAGAGCAUAGUCUGGAUGAACACAAGCUACACAUGUGUCUCUCUGCCUUGCAGUCCUUAAUCCCUUCACUAUUGGCAACUGUGCUGCAGAAUGCACCAUUUACAAGUAAAGCCAAGCUGCAGGGGGAAGUGCCUCAGAUAGAAGUGACAAGAUUCCCUAGACCCGUGUCGCCUCUUCAGGAUGUGGCCACCAUCAUUGGGAGUCGAGAGCAGCUGGCUGUCUUAUUGCAGCUUUAUGAUCACCAGCUGGAACAUGAGGGUACAACUGGCUGGGAAAGCUUGCUCUGGGUCGUAAAUCAACUACUACCGCAACUCAUAGAAACAGUUGGUCGCAUCAAUGUUAAAUCUACUGCCUCUGUCCACGAGUUUUCUAGAUUUUUCUGGAGACUGUGUAGGACUUUUGGAAAAAUAUUUACAAACACUAAGGUGAAGCCUCAAUUCCAGGAAAUCUUAAGACUGUCCGAGGAAAACAUAGACUCUACUGCAGGAAAUGGAGUUCUAACAAAAGCCACUGUCCCUAUAUAUGCAACUGGAGUCCUUACAUGUUAUAAUCAGGAAGAAGAUCGUAAGCUGUUAGUUGGGUUCCUUGAGGAUGUAAUGACAAUGCUGUCAUUGUCACAUGCUCCGUUAGACAGUUUAAAAGCAUCUUUUGUGGAACUGGGAACUAAUCCAGCAUACCAUGAGCUUCUCUUGACUGUGCUUUGGUAUGGGGUUGUUCAUACGUCGGCUCUUGUGAGAUGCACUGCUGCUAGAAUGUUUGAGCUGUUGGUGAAGGGGGUGAAUGAGACUCUUGUAGCUCAAAGAGUUGUCCCUGCUCUCAUUACUCUCUCCAGUGAUCCAGAAAUCUCUGUGAGGAUAGCCACUGUGCCUGCUUUUGGUACCAUUAUGGAAACAGUUACUCAAAGAGAGUUAUUAGAAAGAGUUAAAAUGCAGCUAGCAUCCUUCUUGGAAGAUCCUCAGUAUCAAGACCAGCAUUCACUGCAAACAGAGAUAAUAAGGACUUUCGGGAGAGUUGGACCCAAUGCAGAACCUAAGUUUAGAGAUGAAUUUGUUCUUCCUCAUUUGCACAAACUUGCAUUUGUCAACAAUCAACAAUCUGUGGAUUCCAAGAGACUGGACAUUGCUACCAAUUUAUUUGAAGCAUAUAGUGCUCUCUCCUGCUGCUUUAUAUCAGAAGAAUUGAUGGUGAAUCACUUUUUGCCGGGUCUCAGGUGUUUACGGACUGAUAUGGAACAGCUGUCGCCUGAACAUGAGGUUAUUUUAAGUUCUAUGAUAAAGGAAUGUGAACUGAAAGUGGAAAACAAGACUGUCCAAGAGCCCCAGGGGUCUAUGUCCAUAGCUGCUAGUCUUGUGAGUGAAGAUACAAAGACUAAGUUUUUGAAUAAAAUGGGGCAGCUGACCACUUCGGGGGCAAUGUUGGCAAAUGUUUUCCAGAGAAAGAAGUGAAAUGACUUGUGCUACAGCGAAUACAAACACUAAUAUGGGCCACAAACUCCAUUGCUCCUUGUACUUGAAGUACCAAAUCUUUUUAUUUUGUUUCCGUCUUACGUACUUGUUAUAUCUUUUAUUAAACCUCCAAAGAUAUUUGCACUUCAUUUGAAUUUUGGCAUGCCUGGUGAUUUUGGAGUCAAUGCUGUACUUGAGAAGGAUCAUGAUUCUUUACCAUGUCUCUGUUCUGUGUUUUGUCUACUUUUUUUUAUAUAAAUAUAUAUAUAUAAAUAUAUAAAUAUAGGGGAAAUAUUUUUUCUGGACAUUGGCUAUUCUGUUAUAGAAUGCACAAAUUACAACGGUACUUAAUGUAAAUUUAAACUCAUUGUCAUGAAGUAAUAAAAUAGAAGAUUGCUAUGUAUUUAAAUUAUGGAAAAAUCUGUUUUUGUUAUCAUUUUGCUUUGAACAAGAAUAUAGGAGCCAGCAUGGUUACGCGGUGCCUUUUUGGAUUCAUUGCUUUCAGUCUGUGCCAGAGGAACAAUCCUAAAUAACACAUCUGCACUUGUUUGCAUAAUAAUCAUUUUACUUUCCAUGUAAUUUUAAUAUUCUUCAUAAAGAAGGGUUAGAGUGUUAAGGAAACCACUUUCUAUGCACUGAGGGCAGGGCAGGGGAGGUUUGUCACCCGCGAUUAUUUAUGCACAAAUCUCCCGAGAAUGUGCCUCCAUUGGAAAUAAUUUAAAUAUCUGGCAGUAAAACCAAUUCCCUGUCGGCCACUGCCCUAAAGAGACUAAUAUGGGACAGACUUUGGCCUUUCCUUAUCAUUCGAUAUAGAGCAAUAGUCGCACACAGAGCAAAUGCUGAACUAUUUCCCUGUCUCACUGUUAGAUGUGGAGUAACUAUAAUCCUUAUUGGAAGCAAACCCAGCUUAUUGGGUUUAUUUAAUGUAUAAAUUUAUUUCUAGUAGACUUAAGGUAUGAAGAUCCAAAUUAUGGAAAGAUCCAUUAUCCAGAAAACACUAGGUCCCAAGCAUUCUGGAUAACAGGUCCCAUACCUGUAUAACCAAGCUGCAUUUUCCACAAGCCUUUCCACUUGAUAACAAAUAAUGUCCGUUAUGGCAGAAGCCUAAUUUAAAGGUAAAAUACAGAGAUAUAAUUAACAUAUGGGUAUAGCCACAGGCUGUGAGUCCUAGUUUAAAGUGCAGUAUUUUUUUUUAUUAAUUCAAUUAAUGCUCUUAUUCACUUGUUCAUUAAAUCACAGUCCUUGCUUUAGUCAUACAAAGUGCUCUAUCAUGUAAUCCCCUCACCUCCCUUUUAAUAAUGUUUAUACUUUCCCUUUUAGCAGAAAAAUACUUGGAUGUAGUAUAUCUGUACAGGGCAUAUUUUGUUUAACUGACUUGAGAUACUGCCAUUAAUGUACUCUCUGUAAUUCAAUCCUAUAUGGGUAGAACAAAAACCUUAUAUUUCAGCUUUAUCUAAAUGAACGUCAGUGUUCCCAAUGUCCCAAGAGGUAAUCGUGUGCACUGAGAUGAACCCGAGUGCGAGAUAUUUUGGUACUGAUGGGGCCCAGUGUGUUUCUUUGACUUCUCUGCAAGUUUCAGUGGCAAUUUUUUUUUUAUUAUUUCUCUUGAAAGAACAAUUACAGAAAUGUAUUAUUAAUUGACUGUUUUUUCAUAACAUUUGCUCUCCUACUGGAGCAUCUUUUGUAUUAGUAGGAGCAAGAUUGUGUCCGAACUGUAUGGCUAAUCCAAUGUGGAAAGUUUUCCCUUUUCAAUAAAGAAAUAAAGUAUGUGA